AGGUCCGGCCAGGUCCCUUCCUGGGGCUCUCCAGGCGUGAUGGCGUUCGGGAGGUGGACUCUGCCGCUGAGCAGCGCGGCCAGGACGUUCCGGGAACCCCGGCACGGAGUUAAAUUUAAUUCUUCUGUUCCCAAUUCUAUACCUCUUACGGAUGAAGUGGACACAAGAGAAAAUGAAACUGUGGCUCCUGACUUCACAAAUAGGAAUCCACGUAACUUGGAAAGAUUGGCUAUUGCAAGAAAGGAUUUUGGCUGGAGAACCUCAUGGCCAAAACGGGAUUAUUGGUACAGGUUGCGAUUUGAAAAAACCCAAAAACACGUGGAAGGUUACAUUGAACAUUGCAGCGGUCAUAUUGUAGUCUCUGCUUCCACUCGAGAGUGGGCUAUUAAGAAGCAUCUUUAUAAAACAACCGGUGUGGCAGCAUGUGAGAAUGUGGGCCGUGUGUUAGCACAACGUUGCCUUGAAGCGGGAAUCAACUUUGUGGAUGACAGGGCUACAAUUCCAUGGGAAAAACAUGGCGAAGGGCUGAAACGUUUCAAAAAGGCUAUGACUGAAGGUGGUAUUGAACUGAAAGAACUUGAAAGAAUUUAUAAUAAAUACGGUAAUAAGAAGCUGCCCACGAAAGUACAGCCUCAGAAGCCUGCAGUUCCAUCCUUGGAGGAGAUUCAAUCACACACAGUUCUUAAUACAUAAUAUUGUUGAAGCCUUUCAUAAAUAAAAAUCCAACAGAUGUACAACUGAU